UUCAAUUUCAAUCGCGAGCGUCGAACGUUUUUCCGGAGGAGAAUAAAUCAAUACCCAAAAUGAAUAAGCUGCUGAUUUUGGCCCUCUGCCUGGGUGUGGUCUGUGCAGAUUUCCAGAACAGACAAAAACGGAACGAUUUCCAUUCUCGCCACUACGCAAACCAUAAUCAGGCUGUGGAGACGGCCCGCAGGAAUGCCUACGGAUCGAGUGGCGGCUACGGAGGAGGAGUCUCUGGCCAGGCCGAUGGCUCCGCUAGUUUGGGAAAGCUGGAGAGCACCUACGACUCUGUGGGCGUGACGGAGUCCGCCGAGGGUGCCAGCGCUGGCGGCGCUGAGGUGGCCGGUGGUGCUAACGUGGGCCUGGGUGCUGGAGUUGGCUCCUCCUUUGGCUCCCACAAUGCUGCCUCCUUUGGAUCCCAGAAUGCUGCCUCCUUUGGAUCCCAGAAUGCUGCCUCCUUUGGAUCCCAGAAUGCUGCCUCCUUUGGAUCCCAGAAUGCUGCCUCCUUCGGAGCCCAGAACGCUGCCGCCUUCGGAGCCCAGAACGCUGCCGCCUUCGGAGCCCAGAACGCCGCCUCUUUUGGAUCCCAGAACGCCGCCUCCUUCGGCUCCCAAUUCUCUAGCAACGCCGCCUUUACAUCCAACCACGCUGCCAACUUCGGCCAAAACGUGGGCAGCAAUGUGGAAUUCGCCGAUUCCUCCAAUGCCGGCACCAAGGUCAACUUCGGUGGCUCCAACGCUGUGGACGCCGAGUACGUGAGGGGUGUCCAGACCGUCCAAUCCGUUCCCGCCGCCACGGGCAACGUGGAGUACUACCGCGAGGAGAAGGUGAGCUCCGCUGCCCCCGUGACCUACACCCUCCCCGCCUCCUCGGAGAAAUACGUGCGCCAUGAGGAGCGCACCGUCCAGCAGCAGCCCUCGGUCCAAUACGUCCAAGCCCCCACUCAGACUGCACACUACUACCAGCGCAAGGUGACCACCACCGCCUCAGCUCCCCAGGUGGUGCAGCCUUCCGCCCGCAUUACCUACGGCUCCAGCUCAAACCUCGCCUCCAAUUUCGGCAGCAAUGCCGCCUUCUCCUCGCAGCUCGGCAGCUCCUUUGGCCAGAACUUGGCUUCCAGCAGCGGACUCUUUGCGGGCCAGAACAGCGCCCUUACGGCUGGACAGAACAGUGGAUUCAACAGCGGAUUCAGCAACACACUGUCGGCGGGACAGACCGGUUUUAACGCGCAUAGCAACUCUCACCUGUCGCAGCUGCUCAACCAGGUUCACCAGACCGCUCGCCAGCAGAUUGGCUCCAACUCAGUUUCCGCCAACCAGGCUCAGGCCGGCGGCUACAACUCUGGAGUUAACGCGGGCUUGCAGUCUGGCUUCAACACCGGCUUCGGCUUUAACUCGGCCAGCUCCCUGAACUCUGCCAGCUCCCUCAACUCGGCCAGCUCCCUGAACUCCGCCAACUCUCUGAACGCUGGAACCACCAGUGGAUCCUUGCUGGCCGGCAGCCAGGGUAGUCUUUUCGGUGGGCAGUCCCUGCUCAACAGCGGCAUAUUUGGCCAGCAGAGCAGCCAGCUGGGACAGAACAGCGGCCUGCAGGCUGGCUUUGGAGCCGGAGUUGGUGCCGGCCAAGGUGGCAGCAACUACCAGACCAAGCAGUGGGAGAAGCAGUCCAAAUGGUCCUCCCAGUCUGAGUUUGACUCCAACGGUCAGGUGAAGAACUACAGAGAUUUAGCCACCGGAGAAAGCGAGAAAGUCAAUGUCAAUGGCAAGGAGACCGGCUACCAUGCAGCCACCGCCACCGUUGACGACAAUGGCAAGAUCGGCUCCCACAGUGUCCACUCGUAAGCGGUGUAGCUGUUAAAUCCUUAUCUAAAUCAAAUUUUAGAAGCCUUUCGUGUUCUUAGAGAGUGAGUCAUCCAACUGAAUGUUAUUGUAAAAUAAUGUGAAAAUAAAUAAUACAAAACAAACAUUAA